AUGAAAGAAGAAAUUGAAAUAAUCAAAAUUUAUGCUGAAGAAGGUAGAAACUAUACUUUGUUUCUUACAGUAUUCAGUUACUUUUCAUUAGGCUUUGUAGAUUUAAUUUCGUUGAUGCCAUGCAUAUUAGAUGUCGUUUUACCACUUAAUGAUACUAGAACUCGUAAAUUUUCAUAUCAAGCAGAAUUUUUUCUCGACGUAGAGAUAUAUUUUUAUCCUAUUCUAUUGCACACGUGGAUAACUAUGUUUUUCGGUGUGACCAUACUAAUCACUACAGAAAGUAUAUUUCUUAUGUUUGCUCAACAUUGUUGUAGUAUGUUCAAAAUACUUUGGUUCAUCGCAACUGUUAUUUCCUAUCACGAAUUAUCCUUUUUUAUUCAAUUUUUAAUCAUCGUGAUUUUAACGAGUAUCGUUUUCGUUCAAAUUAAAAUACUUUAUGGAAAAUACGAAGUAUUAAUAUAUUUAGCUUUAAUAGGAAGCUUUGUGUGUCAUGGAUAUCUUUGUGUUUAUCCUGGACAAAAAGUUUUAGAUCACAGUAAUUUAUUAUUGGAAAAAGCAUACAAUGGAUUCUGGUAUCUCGCUCCGACAAAAGCACAAAAAUUAUUACUGAUAAUAAUAAGAAAAAGUAUAAAUACUACUCCAUUAGUUAUUAUGAAACUAUGCGUACUUUCGCAUUAUAGUUUUGGAUUGGUAACUUGUAUCGUUGAAUCGAUGAAUCUGUUAUUACAAAGGCAUAAUGGGAGAUUAACUAUAUGUUCCAUAUUAAAAGAAUAUGUUGAAUGUAUGAAAAUGAUUAAAAAAUAUAAUUUGAACAAUGAGUAUAAAGUAAUGAUUAGAAUAAAGAAAAAUAUUUACCUGUAA